CUUGCUAUAUAUACUUCAUCUUACUCUAAUCAAUAAUAUUAAAUCACACAAGAAUUUUCCCCAGAAAAAUGGCAAUAGAAAGUCAACAAGAGGUAGAAACUAUCCAUUCUUGGUCUACUCCAAGAUCCCUCAGUACUUCUCUUAUGUAUUCUUUUGCUCAGAGGGAUGACAUAGAAGUGCGUGAUGAGCCUUUAUAUGCAAAUUUUCUAAAGGUUACGGGUGCUGAGAGACCCUACAGGGAAGAGGUUCUUUCCAAAAUGGAAUCCGAUGGAACUAAGGUUGUAAACGAUGUUAUUCUUGGACCAGGAGGAAAGAAGUACCGGUUUUGUAAGCAUAUUGCAAAGCAACGUCUACCUGGUCUGCCCAGUGAUUUGAUGAAGAAAGGAAAACACUUUAUAUUGAUACGUAACCCUCUUCAUAUAUUGCCAUCUUUUGGAAAGGUUGUGCCCCCAUCCUUCUCUGAGCUAGGUUUGGCAGAAUUGGUCUCCAUAUACAAUGAUCUCUCUCAGUUGGGAAAGCCCCCACCUGUUAUUGAUGGAGCAGACCUUCAACAAGAUCCUGAGGGAACUUUACGUGGUCUUUGUGAGGACUUGGGUAUUCCAUUUGACAAUGCAAUGCUCAGAUGGGAAGCUGGUCCAAAACCUGUAGAUGGCAUUUGGGCUCCAUGGUGGUACAAAAGUGUGCAUCAAUCAAGAGGCUUCACACAAUCAAGAAAAUAUUCUCAGCCGUUUCCAUUUUCUCUAUAUGACUUGUUGGAGCAAAGUCUACCUUUAUACAAUAUGCUUAGGCGGCAUGUGAGACAGACAUCAUCCCUAUUGAAGAGCCCGUUACCUCCUCCGGACAUUCCAAUUCCUGCAAAUGAAAAGUUGCUUGCAUGGGUUGGAGAUGAGAUUCUACCCCGCGAAAGUGCUAAGGUUUCUGUGUUUGAUUCAGUUGUCCAAGGUGGUGAUUCAGUUUGGGAGGGACUUCGAGUGUACAAUGGGAAGAUAUUUAAGCUUGAGGAGCAUUUGGAUAGGUUGUUUGACUCUGCAAAGGCUCUAGCUUUCAAGAAUGUGCCAACUCGUGAAGAGGUCAAGGAAGCCAUCUUCAGAACUCUAGUUACGAAUGGAAUGUUUGAUAAUGCACAUAUCCGACUAUCCCUCACACGCGGAAAGAAGGUUACUUCAGGCAUGAGCCCAGCAUUUAAUCUGUAUGGAUGCACGUUAAUUGUGCUUCCAGAAUGGAAACCACCUGUCUACGACAAUACACAUGGCAUAAAUCUGGUGACUGCUACUACACGGCGUAAUUCACCAAAUAACUUGGAUUCAAAGAUUCACCACAAUAACCUCCUCAAUAACAUUCUAGCGAAGAUAGAAGGGAAUAAUGCAAAUGCAGAUGACGCAAUUAUGCUUGACAAGGAUGGUUAUGUGUCUGAAACAAAUGCUACAAACAUUUUUCUAGUGAAAAAAGGCCGUGUUUCUACACCUCAUGCUGAUUAUUGCCUUCCUGGAAUCACUCGAGCUACUGUUAUGGAUCUAGUGAUAAAGGAGAAUUUGGUCCUGGAAGAACGAAGAAUCAGUCUAUCUGAGUUUCAUACUGCAGAUGAGGCAUGGACAACAGGAACAAUGGGAGAGCUUAGCCCGGUUGUGAAGAUUGAUGGACGUGAAGUUGGCAAUGGUAAAGUGGGGCCGGUGACCCAAAGGUUGCAAAAUGCUUACAAAAAGCUGACAGAACACUCAGGAGUGCCAAUACCUUCAUAUCAGACCAGUUGAAUGACAUAGCUCUUGAAGGAUUGUGUCUACUGAUGAACAAUGGAGGCCUACAUCCUGAAGAUGCGAAUGAGUGGUGACAUUGCUUCAAAGAAAGAAGAUUGAGAGGAGCAGUGUAAAUUUGAAUAAACAGUAUGGUGAGACUGUAAGGGCUCUCUUAAUCCCGGUGGAUGAAGGUUUUUAACUCUCCCCCAUUCAAAAAUAACAACCAAGAUCCUGUAUUAUCUAAUCCCUUGUAAUAAGUUGCCUGCCAUUGGUAGGCCUGCCUCCUAUCCUUUCAAACAUCGACCUUGGAAAUGAUAAUUAAAUCCAAAUCCUACAAAGAGAGCAAAUAAAAUCUCUCCUA